AUGCUAACAAAUUAUGGUAUUACACCAAGCCUGACUCUACUCAAGCAGGUUACCGAAUGCGAUGCUGUUGAAGAGUCUGCUAAUGAGUAUGGGCUUGCGAAUGAAGACUUCACGGCAAUAGCGGAAGAGGCCAUACCGACUGGGUGUUCCAAGGCUCUGUCUUGUGCUCUUUUAGACGUUGAAGGCAAUCUGAUCACGUACUCGCAUUCGCUUCUCGUUUAUCUACAUCACUCUCGCCCUUUUCAUACUCUCACCCUCCUUUCCCUCAACUCAUUUAUACUCACCUACCCCUUUCAGACGCCUCCUCUCCCUCUCCCUCUCCCUUUCCCUGGCUCAAAGCCUCAGCUUAAUCUCCUACCCCCUUCUCCAGCCAUUACAGGUCAUGACAUCAACGGAAUCAGCUUGAUCAACCAUCAUCCGAUCGAGAAAUGUCUAUUCAUUUUUACAUUCAUCCAUCAACAUUUCAUGCAACCCUUGAAUAACUCCACCAGUCUAUCUAUCUACCAAACUCUCCAAUCCUCCACUCAGCCGCCUCAUUCACCCAGUCACCGGCUCCCCUUGCCCGAGCUCAACUCGUUGCCUCCACCCGGCCGGCCGGACUCAGUGCCCGUCUUCAUCCGACUUUCACUCGGACACUCGGUCUUCCGUCGGCCAGACAACCGGAUGACUCGGCCUCUCGUCGGCCCCGUCCACGUUCCACGUCUCCCGACCACCUCGCCGCAUUCGCUUCGGCCGAACGGCAGACUCGAACUUGCCACCCUUGCCGGAGACGGCAUAACUGCCGGUGCUGUCGAGUCGUGCACCGUUUCUAUCCGACCGCACCUGCCUACCUCGUGUCCUCGUGCACGGCGUCGGGCUCAGCCGGACGCGGGCCUCGAGCCGACAGCUCAUCCGAUGCUCAGCUCCAAAAUGGUGACAGACGCCUCUGAGCCGGCCGAACACAUCUUCUCUCCGCCGGUUCGUUGCCGUCUUCCGGUCGCGACAGCAGCCCGUUGCCAGUCCGCCGAGCUGCGAGUCUCGAGCUUGUCGCCGGGCUCGAUGUUCCAGGCUCCUUCAGGCGCCAGAGACACUGUCUGCACAGACGCCGGCCCCGAGCCGGCCUCGGCAGCAAUGCUCAGACCGGGCAAGCCGAAGCCCAAGACCUUCUUCUCCGUCGCCAAGUUCCCCACCUCCGGCCUCCGAGUCGGCCCCUAUCAUCGGUCGGGGCAACAGCCGCCCCAGCAACAGCGCCAACUUCAACUCAACCACAGCUACCCACAUCGGUCUUACUAUUCGUCGUCGGGACUCGGACCUGGCCUCUUGCGCGUCGCAAGUCGGCCCCACCACACGCCGCCCCCGAAGGAUACGACGAUGGCCUCGGGCCUGGCAGCAGCUCACCGCAGACGCAAGCAGUGUCGGCCUCGGCGGGCUGCAGCGUCAAAGGGCAAGUGUUAA